CGCCCGGGCCGUGGCUGCCGGGGUUGGGUCGGCCGCCCGGGCCGGCUGCCGGCCGGGAACAUCCCGCAGGAGCGGUGGGAUCGCGGGAGGGGCCGCCCGCCCUGCGCCCGCAAACCGGAGCGUUCGCGGCAAUGCGGAGUGCCCAGAUGUUGCUAUGAGGAAAGGAGUCAGCAAUGACUGAUGUAGAGCCUGUGGUCACAGAUUUUGCCUCAUCAGGACGAUCAGGCCGCCGAAACGCCUUACCAGAUAUCCUGGGCUCUCCUGCUGGUGCUGGGACUUCAGACUUGCCACACAAACUGGCUGAGCUCUCUGUUUCAGAAGAUGCAGGAGCAGAGGGUGGAGAAGUGUCAUCAUCCAAAGCCUUGCUGGAAAGUCAAGAGGCGGAAGGAAAACGCAAUGAUUCCUAAUACCUAAGGACUCCUGGGUUAAUGAAUCCCAUCAACAGACUUCCCUUCCCCUGUGUCACCCCUUCUGAAGUGUGGUAGCAACUUUAGCAGCACAGACAUGACUUUGCAACACACUUGUACCUAGAUGAUUGUGUGGAUUGGCAUACAGUUCUUUCCACUGUCAUCCCUCUAAAGCAAUGUUCUACAUAUCCAAACAGAAAGAAAACUAAAGAAUGUAUCUCUUGUUUUCAGUUUUCUCUCUUGUUUUGGUUACAGUAUUCAUCCUAACUAAUCUUCCUUGACAGUUCCAAUUAAUAUACCUACCAGGAACUAAUCAUUGUUUCAAAAUAAAAAUCCUGUUUCUUAAUUUCCCAAACCAGCUUCUUUCUCUCUGGCACAGAGGUGUGUUCACUCUCCACAACGUGAUAUUAAGUAUAUAUUAGAUUACAGACAUUAUCUGUAAUUUAUCUCCUGAGAUUUUUGUUCUCAUUAGACAUAUGUAGAUGGGUGUGAGAAAAAAAAAAUUACAUAAAAUAAAAUUUUCUCCUACUCCUGUCACCAGAAGGUUUUAUAAACUACAUAAACAUCAGUGUUUUUUUUCAGACUCUCCUUACCUCUGUUUGAUUAUGGCAGAUCAUCUCAGUUCUCCCACUCUUAGCAGUCUCGCCACUUCAGCCAUUCAUUUUCAUGCUGAAUAUUGUAGCUUUCAUGUGUACCUUAAGUAAAGUAGGUAUGUUUGCAUAUGAUGAAAAUUGUUCAAUCUCACUGUGGAAAUUAAAUAUCUAUAAUCUUUUCUGUC